CCGAAGUAAACAAAACGUUGGAUAUUGUGCUAAACAAGGUUUUUUCCAAAAUCCACUAUCAUCCACCUCAAAUCGUCAACAAAUUUUAUUUACAAGAACUCCAGUGUACCAGAGAACAUCAGCUAUGUCUAUUGGAGUGCCAAUUAAGGUUUUGCACGAAGCAGAAGGUCAUAUAAUAACAUGUGAAACUAGCUCGGGUGAAGUUUACCGAGGAAAGCUGAUCGAGGCGGAAGACAAUAUGAACUGCCAAAUGGCGAACAUUACCGUGACGUACAGAGACGGCCGAGUUUCACAGCUUGAGCAUGUAUACAUUAGGGGAAGUAAAAUCCGGUUUUUAAUACUGCCAGAUAUGCUGAAAAACGCACCAAUGUUUAAAAAAGCUGGAACAAAAGGAACCGCCGGACGAGGAAAGUCAGCACUUCUCAAAGCGCAAGCUGCUGCGAGAGGAAGAGGACAGGGACGAGGAAGAGGAAACAUAUUUCAGAGGAGAAAAUAAGUGGGAUUGUUUUGGUGUACAAUUCAGUUAUUUUAUUUCAGAUUUCCUUGUGUUAAUAUGAUGGCAACCCCACCCACAAACCGUAUUUGGAAGUUAGUCUGUUGCCGAAGACACAACUGAUCAAAAUGUACAAGAUGUAGACAUUUUGACACUUCAGAUAAUCUAAAAAAAUGUGGUGUAUGUCCGUCUAGAGCUAUUUGGUGAGAGCUCUUUAUUUUUAUUACAUGGGACUGUUUUGUUGACACGUGUUAUAGUUUGAAUUUCUGUAUGUUUAACAUUAUUUGUAAGAUUGUAUAUCUGAUUGCUUGAAUGGGAUCAGAUGUAUAAACCCCACAGUGAGAAGCAAAUGCACGAGGUAAAACAGAUAUCUUGGUUAAGAACAGAUAAUAUACAUGGUGUUGUUGCAGAUAACUCCUACAGUUGGCCCCUGAUACUACAUAUUGGUUUUAGUCUGUUUGUAGAUGAAGUGUUGUUCAUUAUAAUACUUCUGAAGGAUUCUUUAGUAAUUUUGUAAUAAAGUAAAAUUGUUCAUUCAACUGA